AUGUGUCCUAUCCCAAACGUGGAACGUGAUGGGUUUAAGAUAUUCAUUGCUGAGUCCCUAAGGGCUCAAAAUAUUGAAUACAUGUUUGGCAUUGUUGGCAUUCCUAUCACUGAAAUUGCAAUUGCAGCCCAGGCAGUUGGAAUAAAAUAUAUAGGAAUGAGAAAUGAACAAGCUGCAUGUUAUGCAGCCUCUGCUGUUGGAUAUUUGACUGGCAGACCAGGAGUAUGUCUUGUAGUGUCCGGUCCAGGUUUUUUACAUGCCCUUGGUGGGAUGGCAAAUGCAAACCUGAACUGCUGGCCUUUGCUUGUUAUUGGAGGCUCUUCUGACAGGAAUCAGGAAACCAUGGGAGCUUUCCAAGAAUUCCCACAGGCCGUAAGGACCAGCAUAUAUGGUCGCCCAGGUUCCUGCUACAUUGACAUACCUGGGGAUUUUGUAAAUCUUCAGGUGGAUAAGAGCUCUGUCAAGUACGUCGAAUGCUGCCUGCCUCCUCCCCUCAGCAUGGCCGAGCAAUCCACCAUCUCUGAAGCAGUGUCUGUCGUUGCUCAGGCUGAGCAGCCUCUCUUAAUCGUUGGCAAAGGUGCUGCUUAUUCACGUGCUGAGAACAACGUCAGAAAGCUGGUGGACCUCUGCGGGCUGCCUUUCUUGCCUACACCCAUGGGAAAAGGAGUGGUACCUGAUAACCAUCCCAACUGUGUGGCUGCAGCAAGAUCCACGGCAUUACAGCAUGCUGAUGUAAUCAUAUUACUUGGUGCCAGGCUGAACUGGAUUUUGCACUUUGGCCUUCCACCAAGGUUUCGACAAGAUGUAAAGGUUAUUCAGAUUGAUAUUUGUGCAGAAGAGCUGGGGAAUAAUGUGAGGCCAGCUGCAAGUUUAUUAGGUGACAUAAACACCGUGACUAAACAGCUUUUAGAAGAAUUCAGCAAAAGACGAUGGAAGUAUCCAUCCAGUUCACAGUGGUGGAAGAAGCUAAGAGAGAAAAUAAUGAGCAAUGAAGAAAAAUCAAAGGGACUGGAAUUACAAAAAUCCCUGCCUAUGAACUAUUACACGGUCUUCCGUCACAUCAGAGAUCUGAUACCCAGGGACUGCAUUUUGGUGAGCGAGGGAGCAAACACCAUGGACAUUGGCCGCACUGCGCUCCCAAACUACCAGCCUCGUCAAAGACUUGAUGCAGGUACAUUUGGCACGAUGGGAGUCGGGCUGGGUUUUGCUAUAGCUGCUGCAAUGGUGGCUAAAGACAGAACACCUGAAAAACGAGUGAUCUGCAUAGAAGGAGACAGUGCUUUCGGAUUUUCUGGCAUGGAAUUGGAAACUAUUUGCAGAUACAAUUUACCAAUCCUGAUUAUUGUAGUGAAUAAUAAUGGGAUUUACACUGGUUUGGAUACAGAUGCCUGGAAGGAGAUGUUAAAGUCUGGAGAUCCUGCUACAUGUGCACCUCCUGUUUCUCUCCUGCCAAACGCGCACUAUGAGCGAAUUAUGUCUGCCUUUGGAGGGAAGGGGUACUUUGUGACAAGGCCAGAGGAGCUGCAGGACGCGCUGAAGGCAAGCGUGGCCGACGGGCACACGCCUGCCCUCAUAAACGUCCUGAUUGACCCGCGCUCCGAGAGGAAGAAGCAGGAAUUUCCCUGGCUGACUCGUUCCAACAUGUAA